CCAGCAUGCUUGCCCUGGAGGCUGCACAGCACGACGGGCCACACUUCAGCUGUCUGUACCCAGAUGGCGUCUUCUAUGACCUGGACAGCUGCAAGCACCCCAGCUACCCUGACUCAGAGGGGGCUUCUGACUCCCUGUGGGGCUGGGACCUGAGUCCCGCUGUCCCAGCCGCCUCCUACGAAGCCUUCAACCCAGCUGUGGCCAACUUCAGCCACCCCCAGGGUGUCCAGCUCUGUUAUGGACCCUCGACCUACAGCCCCGUGGGGAGCCUCGACCCAGCGGCCCCCAGCCUAGAGGCCCCCGGGCCCAGCUUCCCAGCGUACCCCACAGAGGAAUUCACCAGCCAGACCGUGGCCCCCCCGGCGUACGCCCCAUACCCCAGCCCUGUACUGUCGGAGGAAGAGGGUCUCCUGCUGGACAGUCCCACCCUGGAGGUUUCAGACAGCGAGUCCGACGAGGCCCUCAUGGCUGGCCCCGAGGGGAGGGGAUCUGAGGCAGGGCCGGGCAGCCGCCCUGAGCCUGACCGUGACCCUGACCCCGCCCACAGCCGGGACUGCCCCAUCUUCUACAUGCGCAAGAAGGUGCGCAAGGACCUGGAGGACCAGGAGCAGCUUCUGAGACGCUUUGGCCCUCCUGGCCCUGAGGCCUGGUGA